AUGAGUGCCAGGGCGCCCAAGGAGCUGAGGCUGGCGCUGCCGCCUUGUCUCCUCAACCGGACCUUUGCGUCCCCCAACGCCAGCGGCAGCGGCAACGCGAGUGCCCGCGGCCAGGGCACCGGCAGCGGCACCUGCAUUACGCAGGUGGGACAGCAGCUCUUCCAGUCCUUCUCCUCCACGCUGGUGCUGAUUGUGCUGGUCACCCUCAUCUUCUGCCUCAUCGUGCUGUCCCUCUCCACCUUCCACAUCCACAAGCGAAGGAUGAAGAAGCGGAAGAUGCAGAGGGCUCAGGAGGAAUAUGAGCGGGAUCACUGCAGCGGCAACCGCGGGGGCAGAGAGGCCCCGGCCAGUGGCCAGGCCCCAACCCACGCAAAAGAAACCCGGCUGGGGAGGCAGCCCCGGGACUCCGCCUUCUGCGACCCCGCCAAGGCCUCCUCCUCCUCCUCCUCCUCCUCAACCCCAGGCCUCCCAUGCCAGGGUCCCUAUGCUCCUCCGCCUCCGCCGCCCGUCCCCAGUCCGCAAGGAGCACAUGCCACCUCCUCCUGUUUGGACACAGCUGGCGAGGCCCUUUUGCAAACGGUGGUACUGUCCUGA